AUGCUCUUUGAAAGCCGCAUGGACAACCUGGCCGUGGCCGUCUGCCCGCUGGGCGGUAACGAGGGGCAGCAGCCUGGCGAGACGAAUUCAAUCCGGCACAACUUGUCACUCCACAGCCGAUUCGUCAGGGUGCAGAAUGAAGGCACUGGGAAAAGCUCUUGGUGGAUGAUCAAUCCAGAUGGUGGAAAAGGUGGCAAGGCGCCCCGGAGACGCGCCGUGUCAAUGGACAACAGCAACAAGUACACAAAGAGCAGAGGGCGGGCGGCGAAGAAGAAGGCAGCCCUGCAGACUGCCCAGGAGACGAGUGAGGACAGCCCUUCUCAGCUCUCCAAGUGGCCAGGGAGCCCCACCUCCCGCAGCAGCGAUGAGCUGGACGCAUGGACAGAUUUUCGCUCCCGUACGAAUUCCAACGCCAGUACGAUCAGUGGCCGCUUGUCACCAAUUUUGGCAAGCACUGAACUAGAUGAUGUUCAAGAUGACGACGCUCCGCUUUCUCCCAUGCUGUACAGUAGUCCAUCGAGCUUGUCCCCAUCGGUAAACAAACCGUGUACUGUGGAGUUGCCUAGGUUGACUGAUAUGGCUGGGACAAUGAAUUUGAAUGAUGGACUGACAGAUAACCUCAUGGAUGAUCUCUUGGACAAUAUAACACUCCCUCCUUCCCAGCAGUCGCCCACAGGAGGGAUAAUGCAGAGAAGCACCAGUUUUCCAUAUGGUUCCAAAGGUUCAGGACUGGGUUCCCCGUCGAGUAGUUUCAACAACGCCGUGUUUGGGCCGUCGUCCCUGAAUUCCCUCCGCCAGUCGCCCAUGCAGACCAUUCAGGAGAACAAGCAGGCCACCUUCUCUUCCAUUUCUCAUUACAACAACCAGACGCUGCAGGAUCUCCUCGCUUCUGAUGCACUUAGUCACAGUGAUGUCAUGAUGACGCAGUCUGACCCACUUAUGUCACAAGCCAGCACAGCUGUGUCCGCCCAGAAUUCCCGCAGGAAUAUAAUGCUCCGCAACGACCCCAUGAUGUCGUUCGCCGCGCAGUCCAGCCAGGGCGGUCUGGUCAAUCAGAGCCUGCCUCAUCACCAGCACCAGUCCCACAGCUCCUCUCUUAGUGGCAGCCGUGCCUUGUCCAAUUCCAUCAGUAACAUAGGCUUGAGUGACUCGAACAGCUUGGGAUCCACCAAACAUCAGCAGUCACCUGUCAAUCAGUCUAUGCAAACACUUUCUGACCCGCUCUCAGGCUCCUCUUUGUACUCCUCUAGCGUGAACCUCCCGGUCAUGGGACACGAGAAAUUCCCAAGUGACUUGGACCUGGAUAUUUUCAAUGGGAGCUUGGAGUGUGACAUGGAGUCCAUUAUCCGCAGUGAACUCAUGGAUGCAGAUGGGCUGGAUUUUAACUUUGAUUCCCUCAUCUCAGCUCAGAACGUUGUCAGUCUGAAUGUGGGGAACUUCACUGGUGCUAAACAGGCUUCGUCACAGAGUUGGGUACCAGGCUGAAGGAUCUUUGAGAACAGGGAAAAUGGGCAAACAGGCCCUCAAACUGACACGAGAUGUAGAGAGAGAACCCUUUGCCAAAUCUGCUGUCAGCAAGUGGACAGUGAUACUGUUUACAGCUUACUACCUUUGUGAACCCUGCGUUAUUUUCCUAACGAAGCAGACUGUUAAUAGGCCCGUUACUGGAGUGAAGAUCCUCCUUUUUUUUCUUCUCUUUUUUUUUUUUUGAAAUUGAACUCAUCCUGAAGUAUGCAAAAUCUUCCUUUUCUGGGAUGGCCAAGCACCUGCUGUGGAGACAAUGUUCAGCACCAUCCUGUUGAAAACACACUGUGUAGCCUUUACAGUAGUUACUUGUCAAUGAGUAUGUGGUGUUUCAAUAUAUUAAUGGUUUAUGGGAUGUUUUAAGUUGGCUUUUCUUUUUGGAGGUUUUCCCUGUCUGCCCACCCUCCCCCCUACAACCUCCAGUUUGAUUUCCUUAGAUUUUUGACCAUUUUUGCUUUCUCUCCCUGGGGAAUCUGA